UAUUCUGCCAUGGGAAAGGGAAGUUAUUGCUGAAGGUAGCCUUGUUGCCAAUAUUAUUUACAAUUUUUCUCUAGAUCUCCCUGCAGAAAUAUGGUUAUAACAGAGAGGGGUCCACAGAAACGAUUUAGCAAUACCACCAACUACUCGUUUGAGGGAUGCACUUGUAAUGCUUCUUAACAUGGCAAGUUAUUGCAGGUUCAAGGUGGUGUCCAAGAUUUGAGAGAUAAACAAGAGAUAGCGGAGGCUCAGCUACAACUGGCAAAGCUUCAAAUGUCCAAAAAUAACCAGCAAGUGGAAAAGCAAAAUGUCACUGGUCAAGCAUAUGAAGCACCUUCAUUGGUCUCUCAGCAAUCCCAUCAGCUGCUUCCUGUUCCAGCUCCAGCAACACCUGUUGCAACAGCACCACAGCUUCCCACCCAGCUCCUCCAGAACCAGACGACCGCCCCCUCUGUUCCAAAGCAAGAACCUUACAAUCCACUGGUAGUUCCUACUCCAGAUAGCACAUAUCAGCAAUACCAGGUUCCUCCAGCUCAACAGUCACAACCAAUACCCUAUAAUCACCUUCCUUGUCAACCAAUGCCUCAUUUUCCCCAAAAUUCACAGCUACCCCAACUGCCUCAAGUGCACCCAGAUUCCAGUAUGGUUAAUCCUCAAGCCCAUUAUCCAUCAAGCCUUCAUACUGAAGUUCCUUAUUCACCACCUCAUAGCAUCUCUCAGCCACCUGGCAGGUCUCCAACUCUCCAACAGUAUAAUGUGGGUUCUACCCAGCAGAUCUAUCCUCAACCCCCAAACAGGCAUUAUGUAGAGUCUACUCUUGCAAGUUUGCCAGCACAUGCGAAAACAAACAUUAUGGACUCUUACCAUUAUGGUGCUUCUCCAUGCAACAAUGGCAUUUCAUCUAUAAAACCAUCGCAACCCAUACCAUCUCCUCCAGUCCUGACUGGUGAAAGCAUUUACAAACAAUUACCGACUGCCCGUCUACUGCCGAAUGCUAUACCAUCUGCCUCUAAUGUGGAUGCUGGCUCAGGAUCAGGUUCUGGUGGGAGUGGAAACAGGAUACCAGUUGAUGAUUUUGUUGACAGGGUUGCUACGAUGGGAUUUCAUAGAGACUUGGUGAGAGCAACAGUGAGAAAAUUGAUGGAGAAUGGGCAGUCAGUUGAUUUGAAUACUGUGCUAGACAAACUGAUGAAUGGGUAACCCUGCCACAGCGGGGUGGAUUCAUACAUUGAAGUUAUAUGU